GUAAAGAUUAGCCGCCGUCGCACCAUGAAGCCGCAGCUGGCUGAGACUCGCGGCUCUGCGGCCACGAACCGGAGCGGAACCGACGCCGUGCUCUCCUUCCAGCAGGAGCUCGUCACUGUGAUCCACGGAGCCUUCGAAGUCGCCGUGGAGAUCGCAGUUCGAGAGGUGAAGACGCUCGUGGGUCAGGCCACGCGCGACAUCUACGAGGAGCUGCGGCGGGAGAACGAGUCCCUGAAGCAGAAGCUGCAGCGAGCUGAAGCUCUGAAGCUGGACUCUCCCGAGAAUCAUGACGGCUGUCAACCCAAAGGCCCGAGGCGAAGACAUGCGGCGCCAUACUCUCUGCGUGGCCAAAACCCAGAUCGUGGAGAGGAGGUCAAAGGUCACCCUGCAUCUCACAGAAGCCCUGACUUGAACCUCCAGCGUGGGAGCAGAGCCGAGGAGCAGAAGGAUGAUGUGAUGAGUCCAUGUGAGGAUGAUGCAGCCUCAGAGGUGGAGGAAGAGAGGAAUACUGGUAGUUCUAAAGAUGUCCCGUCCCACGUAUGUUCAGUGAAGGCGGAAAGCACGAUCCCAAAAGAUCCAGACCCACAGGCUCUGGACUCAGCACCACCUCCCAGUACUGCUAGCAAGUGCACAUCAGAGCAAGUGACCAUCAAGCAGGAGGAGCCAGAGCAGGAAGCAGGAGGCGCGGCUUGCUGUUCGGACUUGAUUAAGGAGGAGAAUUUAAAUCUGGGGGGCUUAAAGUGGCCCCCAGAAGUUCCUAAUGUUCAGAACCAAGACCCACAUGCUCCUCUGCUCAACAGCAGACUGGAUCAGGCUCAUCCUACCGAUGUGACCAGCAGCCUUACACCGCCUGCAGAUCUCCAGUCUGUCUCUGAGUUUCCGAGCAUCUUCCAUCUUGCAGAACCAGCUGCCGUAUCACAAGCCCCUCCCCAGGUCUACGGAGUCCAUGUCCGGACAGGUCGGAACAUGGCCGCCCUCCACACGUGUAAGUUCUGUGGACAGACCUUCCACCUGCCCAGCCUGCUGCGGCGGCACUAUGGCCAGUGCCGCCAUAGGCUCCAGCAGCGUUGUCCUCUGCCGGUACCAGGAGGCACACGGACCAAGCUGCAGCUUUACCCACCGGGCUGCAGCCCGUUCCGCUGCCCGGUGUGUAACCGGGAGUUCAACCGCCUGGAGAAUCUAAAGACCCACCUUCGUAUCCACACGGGGGAGAGACCGUACACCUGCUCCGUCUGUGCCAAGUGUUUCCGCCACUCCGGAGCGCUGACUCGGCAUUUCCGCAUCCACACGGGAGAGAAGCCUUACGUCUGCGCACAGUGUGGGAAGUCUUUCAGAAACUGCGGCGGUCUAAAAUUCCACCAGCGUUCUCAUAACAAACUCCUAGAGUAG